GAAGCCGAUAGGUUCUUUCGACGUAAGUAUCGCACCAUCACAACAACUCCAGAAACGUCCGACUUGAGAAAUAUACGCUUUCGUGGGUUCCCAAGCUUGCUGCAAGUGGGGAUGCUCGAAAACUACUCCUCAUCGAAGAAUUAGCUUUCCAAGACGCAAUGGACCCUCACUUCAGUAUUAUCGAACGCAACAUGCUUCGCAACCCGCCAGCACUUGCAUGGCGCGUCGGCCACGCUGGGAACCGAGAUGCUUUGGUUCGCGCUCGUCUGACAAACGUGUACUUUGAAACCGACCAGGAUUUCCAACGAGCUAAACGCCAACAAGUCGACUGGUGCAACCGCGAUCCAACCGCGUUCCUCUCGGUUUUUACGAGCAAGGCGCAUGCAGAAAUGUGGGGAAGGAAACUGCUCGACAAAGGAGACGUGUGGAUCUAUCCGGUGGACACGUACGGACUCACCGUCUUCCCCACGCACACCGGUGAACUCUUGAUUUUGGGUGAAAUUCCGAGAACUAAUAUCGGCGAGGGAGAGCAAGUGCCCCAACUAGUCGAGGAUGAGUUGCUAGUUGAAGACAUACCUGGUGAAGAAGGACUGGUACACAACGAGCGCACAGGUCUCAACUACGAACCUGGUGACGAAGCAGCCGAGGAAGAAGACGAAGACUGGGUGGACUUCGCCGAGUAUCAGAUGGAUCAUUAGAUCUCAUGAGAUUCAUCUUGGCUUUUCGACCUAGCCACUGAGUAUAUACAACACAGUUCACUACUUGUUAACCUCCUUUACUCGUUAGGCAUUCGAACUCAUUUAGGCGCCAGGAAGCUCGUAGGCCUCCGUUCA